GGUAGGAAACCCUGAACUAGUACAGUACACAGCUUACAAUGCUUUCGCUGCGUACAUUUAAAGCUGCUGGACCUCGCCUCGUCGGAGCUCCAUCGCGACGAAGCGCUGCGACCACUCGCCGGAUCACUACGACUAUGGCCGCGGGCAACGAGGGUCAAAAGUUUGACAAGAGCACACCUGAUGGUGUCUGGAAGCAAAUCUUAAGCGCGGAAGAGUUCCACAUCCUCAGGCAGAAGGGCACUGAGCGUGCUGGCACCGGCAAGUACAACAAGUUUUACGAGGAUGGUGUCUACAAGUGCGCUGGAUGCGGGACGCCGCUGUACAAGUCUGAAACCAAGUUUAACAGCGGUUGCGGCUGGCCCGCCUUCUACGACGAGAUCCCGGGUGCCGUAGAGCGCCACGUGGACGAAUCGUACGGCAUGCGGCGAGUGGAGAUCACGUGCGCCAACUGCGGUGGCCAUCUGGGGCACGUGUUUGAGGGAGAGGGCUUCCCAACGCCCACCAACCAGCGGCACUGCGUCAACAGUGUCAGCAUUAAGUUCGAGCCCAAGAGCUAGGAGGCCGGAGCCCACCGGCUAUUUGAAGCUGUUGUUGGUAUACUUAUUAUCAACAUAUUACGUAAAUGGUGUGCAUACGGUUGGACGUGCUGCUGCCGUUGUGCUCGAGGAGGAGAGGUUGGAUCUCAUUGCACUGUCGCCAGUUGCUGAGAGAAGGUUUCAUGCCACUUCAGAAGGAAGAGGGAGGAGAACACAGUUCAGGAGCGAAGGCUGUCCAGGAUUUUUUGUUAGGCAUUGCGACAAGAGGGGAUUUUUCAUCACCAGCGGCAGUGCUAGGGGGCUGAGCGACUACUAAUUUUGUUGAGGGAUGAAUGUACGACGCUCCAAAAUUUCUACCAACAUACUGAGCUGACGAUCCAAACGAGAGCGUGUCAAGGGCUGUUGCGAAGAAAUGUACAUGUCAUGGUCUGAUACUUUGCCCUAAUACUCUCGGUGUGUGCC